CUCUCACACUUACGCUGUCACUCAGCCUCUAACGUUCUCUCUCGCUGCCGUCGUCUUCACCUCGCCGGCUCUCAGUUUUUCGCUGCCGUCCUCGCCUCGCCGUCUGUCGGUCCAGAACUCUCGUAUUAUCAAAACUACCGGUCCAGAAUCGUCCUCGCCUCGCCUCGCCGCGCCGUCUGUAUACAUAUAUUGGUUUAGUCGUGACUCGUGACCUCAGUCUCUGUCUCUUGUUUUCUCGCUGCAAGCCAAGCAAGGUGGCUACCGAGAUUUGGAGUGCAAUUCUUCUACUAUUUGGGGUUGUGUGGGUCAUUCCUCGCAGGGUGAGUGAGUGUUUGAGUUGGAGGGGACAAAUGGGAAAUCAUAUUGCGUUGCAUAUAUGGAGACUAGCACCAUUGUGCGUGAUGUGGUGUGUUUGGAGAGAAUGGAAUGCUCGAAGCUUUGACGAUUGUGAGCAAGAAUUGAUUCAUUUGAAGAAGUUGGUGCUACAAAUGCUAUUUUCAUGGAAAGUGGCGUGGCCUAUUCCAACUACUACUUUUUCUGAAUUUCUAGAUUUAUGUUCUUCUUUCUCUACGGAAUAGGGGUCUCUUGUAUACUUGCUGUGUACAUGGGUUGUGUCCCUCUGCGCGUUGCUUGAAUAUACAUUAUUUAUCAAAAAAAAAAAAAAAAACGUUGCUUCUGUUCUUUUUCUCCUUUCAUCCUCAAACCCUCCUAUUCUAACUCCAUUUUUUUCCUUGACAGGUUACUAGAGCCCUUGGAACAGGUGCACGGCUACUUCCUGUUCCAACUCAAUUUGUCUCCUUGACAGUGACAAUCAAAAAGUGAAGAUAAUAAGUAUAAAAGUGAAAAUGUUCCUCCGAAUCGCAAAGCUAAAGCCUUUGGCGUCGUCGGUGGAGUCCUCCUGGAGCCACCAAUUCCUCCAGCAAAGGCCGGUUAGCGGAACCGCGAAGGGCAAGGCCAAAAUCAAAGGAGGCCAAACCAUAAAGCGAUCCAAAAUGAACACCAAAAAAGGCCAACUCGACUCCAAGAGCGGCGGAGCGGGAGCCAAUAAAACAUUCGAGCGAGAAGAUAGGCUCGAGAAUCUGUGCAUGAAUGCUCCCACGCCCGUCCGAUACUUGACCCCUAGAGAAAGAGCACGUGAAGCCAGGAGAGAGAAGCUGGGCCUCCUCAGCAAAGACCGGAAGCGAGAGCUGGAGAUGAUGAAGAAGAAGGACUACAAGGAGAAGAUGGGACUCUCGGAGGAGCCAGUGAUAAUUGGGACUCCGGGAUUGGAUCUGAUUACUCUGGGACUUGUCGACACCGACAAGAUCCCCAAGUACGAGCUCACUGUGGAGGAUGGGCGCCGAUUGGCGAAGGAGUACAGUAGGUUUCUGAUGCGGCGGCAACGGGCAAGGCAGGCCGCAGAGUCGACUUUCUUGAGGCUGAAGAAGGAGGCCAUUGAGGCGCUGCCGUAUGAUUUGAGAGCGGCGGCUUUGGUACCGGAUUUGACUCCGUUCCCAACGAACCGGUUCAUGGCGACUUUGACUCCGCCGAUUGAGGGUUACAUUGAUAAGGUCAAGGAAGCGGCGAAGAAGAGCAGUGGAAGGGAGAAGCUCAGAUGAUCUAAGCAGAGGUUAAAGUUUGCGUUUUUCAUCUUCUGAAUGGAGUAUGUUUGCAAGCCUGGAGAAUGAGUCGUUUCACAAUUGGCAACUACAACUCAUAAAGCUGUGUUUAUUGAUUCGGCCGGCAGUGAAGCACCAGGGAACAGAUGUAAUAAUCUUGAUGAAUUUAGGACAACAUCUUUGGUAAUGAGAACUUGCUUGUUUGUCUUGCUUUUGUAUGGUUUUUGGUGGUGAUUAUCUUGUUUAACUCAGAUAUUUUUACUAAAUCCAUCAUGCAUGCAUGUUAACUCAA